UAUUUUACUUGUUCUCUCCUUGGCGUUCCGAAGAAAGAACACUUUUUUAACGAAAUUAUAGAUACCCAUAUAGUAAAAUACGCUAGAUUACAAAAAAUUAUGUCAGGCCUAAUGCAAAAAUGCAACGCUACGUCAGGCUUUUAGGUCCAAAUUUCCGGAUUUUUACUGCGCCAGGUUCGGCUUUUGUAAAUUUGUAGGUGAAAACCUUAGUAGUACCUAUUUACCUAUUCGAGUAGGUGCAUGUAGUGUGUAGCUGUAGGGUCAGUUACUAGGCUAUUGUGUGAAUUCUAGUCCAGGAAAAACAAAGGAAUGAAACCAAAUACGUAGCAAUGUAAGCGAGGUUCCGUGCGAUGCAUGUGAGCAGGCGCGUCACGCUGGCCGCUCCUCGCGUUUAUAUAAGCGCAGCCGAAACAGUGCCGCUGUUCAAACCGAAUGUGCUGUUUCAUGGGUACUCAUACACGGUGACUACUCGAUAUGCUUCAUAUGGUGACCCGCGAGAAGAGUGACUACGGCAGGAAAGUGCAGGAAAAAGCGGUUAUUGAAAAGAGACAGAUGGCGAUCGAGCGCUGCGCAGCCGCGGCGGCGGCGGCCAGCGAGCGGCCCGCCAGCCCAGUGGGCGGCGCAGGCUCCGCGGGGCCGGCCGCGCCGGGGCCCGCUGCGCCGGGGCCCGCCGCGCCACAAACGCGGCUGCUCACCCUGGAGCACGGCGAGCACAACGACUCCACGCUGUACCGGUUUGAAAAAGGCUGCUAUUUACAAUUUUGCCCUGGGCCCUCUUUACUUGGGCGAAAAGUUUUUCUCUAUACCAAUUAUGUGAUGUCUGAUAAUCCAGAAGACGAUAAAAACAACGAGCAAGCGGAGUUCAUCCGCAACCAGUACUACGGACUGGAGUGGUACCGCGAGGCCGAGGACGAGGCCGAGCCCGAGCCCGCGCCGCUCGGCACCGGCCUGCUGCUCACCGACACCGACUUCUACUGCCAGCUGCGGCUCGCGCGCGCCGGCUCCUUCCACUACUACUUCGUCUACGACAACGCGGAGUCGGCGGUGGGCCCGCAAGGCUCGGGCUGGUUCCACGUGGCGCCGACGCUGCGCGUGGGCCCCGGCGGCCGCGACGAGAUCCCGCUGGACGGCGUCAUGUGUCACACAGUGCUGGCCAAGUGCCUCGGGCCGCUGCCGCGCUGGGAGGCCGCGCUGCGCGUGUCGCGCGAGGCCGGCUACAACAUGCUGCACUUCACGCCCGUGCAGGAGCUGGGCGCGUCCCGCUCCAGCUACAGCAUCGCCAACCAGCUGCGCCUCAACCCGCAGUUCGGCGCCGACGCGGGCCGCGAGCCCACCUUCGCCGAUGUCGAGAACGUCGUCUCGAAGAUGCGGACCGAGUGGAAGAUGCUGUCCAUCUGCGACAUCGUGCUGAACCACACGGCCAACGAGACGCCGUGGCUGAGCGAGCACCCCGAGGCCACGUACAACUGCGCCAACUGCCCGCACCUGCGGCCGGCGGCGCUGCUGGACGCGCUGCUGGCGCGGCUCACGGCCGACGUGGCGCGCGGCGACCACGAGCCGCGCGGCGUGCCCCGCGCCGUGACGUCAGAGGCCCACCUGGACGCGCUGCGCGCGCUGCUGCAGACGCAAGUGUUGCCGGAGGCGCGCCUGCACGAGAUGUACAUGUGCAACGCGCCCGACCUCGUGCAGGAGUUCUACUUCAUGGCACGCAACAAAGUGCCGGCCCCGGCAGCGGUGGGCGCGGGCCCCGUCCCUGGCGGCCCGGGCGCCGGGUCGGGCCCCGGCGCGGGCCCCGGCGAGCUGCGCCUGGUGGCGGACCCGCAGUACCGGCGCCUGCGCGCCACGGUGGACAUGGACCGCGCGCUGCAGCUCUACAACGUCUACAGAGCAGAAUGUUACGAUGAAGAAUCGCGGCUCAAGAAAUGCUGCGAAGAAUUCAAGCGCAAGUUGGAGCAGUUGAACGAGGCCGCGGCCGACACGCUGCGGGAACAUCUGCGGGCCGCCGUCGACAACGUCAUCGCCGGCGUCAGAUAUUAUCGAUUACAAUCCGACGGACCGAAGAUCGAAGAGGUCAGCGCCAAACAUCCACUAGUACCCAGGUACUUCACGUGGGCCUGCAGCGUGGAGAGCAGCUCGCUGGGCGAGGUGGAGGCGGCGCUGUACUCCGACGCGGGCCGACACUGCAUGGCGCACAACGGGUGGGUCAUGGACGCCGACCCGCUGCAGGACUUCGCCGCCCGCGCCGCCGCCGCGCGCGUCUACCUGCGCCGCGAGCUCAUCGCCUGGGGCGACUCCGUCAAGCUGCGCUACGGGGACAAGCCCGAGGACAGCCCCUUCCUGUGGGCGCACAUGCGCGAGUACGUGGAGCUCACGGCCGAGGUCUUCGACGGCCUGCGCCUCGACAACUGCCACUCCACGCCGCUGCACGUGGCGGAGUACAUGUUGGACUGCGCGCGCAACGUGAAGCCGGACCUGUACGUGGUGGCCGAGCUGUUCACUAACUCCGACCACGUCGACAACAUCUUCGUCAACCGACUGGGUAUCACCUCGCUCAUCCGUGAGGCGCUGAGUGCGUGGGAUGCGCACGAGCAGGGCCGGCUUCUGCAUCGGUUCGGCGCCCGGCCCGUGGGCGCCUUCCUGCGGGGCCCCCGGCGCGCCGCCGCGCCCCGCGUGGCCCACGCCAUGCUGCUGGACCAGACGCACGACAACCCGUCCCCGCUGCAGAAGCGCACCGUGUUCGACGUGCUGCCCACCGCCGCGCUCGUGGCGGCCGCGGCCUGCGCCGGCGGCUCCACGCGCGGCCUGGACGAGCUCGUGCCGCACGCCGUGCACGUGGUGGACGAGGCGCGCCUGUACGCCGAGUGGGGUGAGCCCGAGCCCGAGCGGCCGCGCGCGGGGCCCGACACCGGGCUGCUGGCUCCACGCGCGGGGCCCGACACGGGGCUGCUGGCUCCACGCGCGGGGCCCGACACCGGCCUGCUGGCCGCGCGCCGCGCCCUCAACGAGCUGCACGUGUGGCUGGCGCGCGCCGGCUACUGCGAGGUGUUCGUGGACCAGAUGGACGCCGACGUGGUGGCCGUGACGCGCCACGACCCCGUGUCGCGGCGCUCCGUCGUGCUGGUGGCCUUCACGUGCUUCGGUCCGCCGGCCGGGCCGCGCGCGCCGCGCCCGCUGCGCUUCGAGGGCGACCUGGAGGAGAUCGUGCUCGAGGCCUGUCUGCGUCAUGUCGAUCACAAGUCGGACGGCGACCCGCUGCGGCUGCCGGGCGCCUUCACCCCGCACCCGCGCGUCAUCUCGGGGCUCACGGAGUACGAGUGCAGCGUGCGGCGCGGCGUGCCGCUGGCGCAGUCCGGCGUGUUCCAGGCCGCGCGCAACGACGGCCCCCACACGGAGCUGGCCUUCCGCGCCUUGUUGCCCGGCACCGUCGUGGCCGUGCGCGUGGCCCCGCGCGCCCCGCAGCGCGCCGCGCUGGCCGCGCUGCAGCGCUCGCUUGCGUCGCCCGCCGCGCUGGGGCUGGCGCCGGCGCUGGCCGAGCUGGAGCUGGUGGACUUCAACGUGCUGCUGUACCGCUGCGACGCCGAGGAGCGCGAGGCGGGCGGCGGCGGCGUGUACGACGUGCCGGGCCACGGGCCGCUGGUGUACGCCGGCCUGCAGGGCGCCGCGGCGCUGCUGGCGCAGGUGGCGCCGGCCGACGACCUGGGCCACCCGCUGUGCGACAACCUGCGCGCCGGCGACUGGCUGGCCGAGUACUGCUGGCGCCGCCUGGAGCGCGCGCCGCGCCUGCAGGCCGUGGCGGCCCGCUACCGCGCGCUGCUGCAGCCGCUGGCGGCGCUGCCCCGCUUCCUGCAGCCCGCCUACUUCGAGGCGCUGGUGUCGGCGCUGUACCGCGAGGUGUCGCGCGCGGCGCUGGCCCGGCUGAGCGCGCCGCGCGGCGCCUUCAGCCGGGCGCUGGCGCUGACGAGCGUGCAGCUGGUGGGCGCGGUGCCGUCGGCGCCGCUGCCGCCGUGCUCGCCGGCGCUGGCGCCCCCGCGCGGGGCGCUGGCGUCCAUGUCGGCCGGCCUGCCGCACUUCGCGGUGGGCUACAUGCGCUGCUGGGGCCGCGACACCUUCGUGUCGCUGCGCGGCCUGCUCCUGCUCACGGGCCGCUACCAGGACGCGCGCAUGCACAUCCUGGGGUUCGCGGCGUGCCUGCGCCACGGGCUGGUGCCCAACCUGCUGGACGGCGGGGCCCGCGCGCGGUACAACUGCCGCGACGCCGUGUGGUGGUGGCUGCACAGUAUCGUGCAGUACUGCAGCACGGCCCCGGCGGGCGCGGCGCUGCUGUCGGAGCCGGUGUCCCGCCUGUACCCGGCGGACGACGCGGACCCCGCGCCGCCGGGCGCCGCCGACCAGCCGCUGCAUGACGUCAUGCAGGAGGCGCUCGACGUGCACUUCCAGGGGCUCGUUUACCGAGAGAGGAACGCCGGUCGCAACAUCGACGCUCACAUGUCAGACAAAGGCUUCAACGUGCAGAUCGGGAUCGAUCCAGAGACCGGGUUCCCGUUCGGAGGCAACGACGCUAACUGCGGGACCUGGAUGGACAAGAUGGGGUCGUCCGAGGCGGCCGGCAACCGGGGCAAGCCGGCCACGCCGCGCGACGGCAGCGCCGUGGAACUGGUCGGGCUCGCAUACAGCGUGCUGGCCUGGCUCGCCGCCCAGCACCGCGCGGCGCGGUACCCAUACCCCGGCGUCGUCCGCAGGCAUCGCGACGGCAGCCUCACGUCCUGGACCUGGGCGCAGUGGGCCGAGCGCAUCAAGCACAACUUCGAGCGCCACUUCUGGGUCCCCGUCGCGCCCUCCGCCGCCGACGCGCGCCCCGACCUCGUGCACCGCCGCGGCAUCUACAAGGACACGCACGGCGCCUCGCGGCCCUGGGCCGACUACCAACUGCGGUGCAACUUCCCCAUCGCCAUGGCCGUCGCGCCCGAACUCUUCGAUCCCAAGCACGCCUGGCUGGCGCUCGACAACGUGGAGAAACUGUUGCUAGGACCGCUCGGAGUCAAGACGUUGGAUCCCGCCGACUGGGCGUACCGCGGAGAUUACGACAACUCCAACAACGGGGACGACCCUAGCGUCGCGCACGGAUUCAACUACCACCAGGGGCCCGAGUGGGUGUGGCCUCUCGGCUUCUACCUGCGCGCGCGCCUCGCCUUCGCCCAGCAGGCCGGCCGCCACGCCCGCACCCUGGCCUCCGCCUACGCCGCGCUGGCGCCCCUCCUGGCCGAGCUGCGCACGUCGCCCUGGCGCGGCCUGCCCGAGCUCACCAACGCGGGCGGCGCCUACUGCAGCGACUCCUGCCGCACGCAGGCCUGGAGCUCCGCCACCGUGCUCGAGGCGCUGCACGACCUGCAGCUGGCGGCCCGCGCGCGCCCGCUGGCCGCCGACUGACGCGCGC